UCUGUUGCUUUAACAACCAAACAGUCUCAGUGACUCUCAGUCAGUCAGCUAACAGACCUGAAGGUCCUCUCCUGUUGCUCCUGCUCAUCUAACAGCUAUGAAAAACCUCCAUUUCAAGGAUUCCUUCUGGAACCUUGACCUGACCAGCACUGCUGGCUACGAUGCUAUCAUCCAGUAUCUCAAUGAUGGCAGGAGGACAUGCAAGGAGGUGGAGGACUUCCUAAAGGCCAGGGCGUCGGUUGAAGAGAAGUACGCCAAAGAUCUCCUGGGUUUGUCCAAGAAGGUGUGUGGACACAAUGAGAUGAACACAUUAAAAAGAUCCCUGGACAUGUUCAAAUUACAGACCGAACAUGUGAGCCUAUCACACUUACAACUGGCGCAGAGCAUGAGGGAGGAGGCCAAGAAACUGGAAGAAUUCAGAGAAAAGCAAAAAGAAGCGAGGAAAAAGAUGGAGCAACAGAUGGAUGCUCUCCAUAAACAGAAGUCGUCGCAGUUCAAGAAGACAAUGGAUUCAAAGAAGACAUACGAGCAGAAGUGCCGAGAAAAAGAAGAAGCAGAUCAGAACGUGAAUCGAAACACCAACACCAACAACACCAAGCACAUAGAGAAGCUCUACUCAAAAGCACAGCAAGCAAAACAGAAUGCAGAAGAAGCAGACAGGUUAUACCAUCAGAGUGUGACCACGGUGGGCAAGGUUAGAGACGAAUGGCAGAAGGAACAUGUCAACGCCUGUGAGAUGUUUGAGAAACAGGCAAUGGAGCGCAUUAACUUUCUGAGAAACACAAUCUGGACUCACCUCAACCAGCUAUCCCAGCAGUGUGUGACCACUGAUGAGCUGUAUGAGGAAGUUAGGAAGUCACUGGAGCAGUGUGAUGUCCAGGAGGAUAUUGAGCACCUUAUAAACCUCAGACGGACCGGUGACAAACCACCAGCUCCAGUUGUGUAUGAGAACUUCUACAGUGGUCAGAGGCCUCCAGCUGGAGCUCCACCCUCUCGACUGCCCCCACCAGUCAGCAGGAGGGGGCCAUUACCUGAUCCAACAAACAACAGUAGAGAUGAUACCCUCUACUCAACAGUGCACGACCCCGGCUACAGUGUUAUCCAAUACUAACAAGCUGGAGAAGUUAUUGUAGAUCCUGUGCAGUGCUGGAGCUUUGUAACUGGACAUGACGGCUACAUCACUUCCUCCUUUACGCAGAAAUGUUCAGAUGCUUCAAGAUGGAAUUAUGAAGUCCAUCACUCCGUUUUUCUCAAAAACUGUAAAACUUAUUAAACCUAUCUCCUCCCUCAUUUUUUGCUCAAACUUGCUCCGCUGCAUCUUCAGACUGUCUUCCACAAACCAUCCAGACAGAUUGUGCAUCAAGUGCAUCAAAAUGUUUUAGUGUUCAAUGUUAUUAGGGGCCGGGAAGCUAUGCUUGUUUUUGUCAAUAUUAUUAUUGUUAUUCAUCUUCCUAUGAAAUCUGCCUUCCCAUGCAUGAAAAUAAACCAAACUUUGCACAUAAAUCCAGUCUCAUGCUAAACUAAACUAA